AUGAUCGGCAACUCUCAACUUUUCCUCUUCGGCCUCGAGGGUACUGAAAUCGUCCUCCCUAGCUCGGACUCUCUCAAGAUCCACACGGUCAUACAUGGGUGGUUGAUAAGAAGCUAA